GGCCUCAGAAGUUGCACUGUCUGACAGUUGUGGGUUAUACAGUUACCUCCUGUGCCUGGGAGAACCCUUGCCGCCUCCUGCAAGCCGUGCAACUAGCGUCGGAGGUGCCCUUCCUCCUGGCGUUUGAGGAUGGAGACCUAGUGGUCCCUAAACACUGGCGCUGCCUCCCUUUGGAGCCUUACUUUGGACGGGCAGUUUCACUUUCAGUUCCUCUUUGUUGUUGUUAUUGUUACCAUUUUCUUUGCACGCGGGCUUUCUAAAGUGAUUUAUCCGCUAAAGAUUUUCUUUGGAUUAGCAAGGUUUGGAGGAUCUUAUUAGUAGAGAGUUUACAAAAAUCUUGCCCUUUCUUGCUGAGAUUAUUUUUAUUGCGUUGUACUGUGCAGCUGUUUCUGGAGGCAUCUGUCUGCUCAGUUCUUUGUUUUUCCGGUUCUCUGGCCGGGUGUCAAGAGUUCUAAGGCAGAAACAUCGUAGAUGGAUUCCUCCCCCAUUGUCUUUUCUCCUUCAGAACCCUGAGCCUGGAUUCUUCCCUCCCACCCCCCAGGCUUAGUUGAUUUGGAGUUGUCAUGGCAACAUUUUAGCAACUGUGUUUCUCUACAGGAAGUCUUGAUGAAUAAAAUAAAGAAGCCUUGAAUAUGUUGCACUUGGGCUUUAGAGCUUGUAACAGAUGCUGUAAAUCUGGACUCCCCCAAACCAACAGCCCUGACAGUAGAAUGGUGCCCAAGAGCCAAAUCUAGGUUUUGUGGUUCCUGGUGAUUUUCCAGUGGCAAAAAGGGGUUCCGGUUUUCCCUUUAAACGUGAGGACUGAAAUUUCUUUUUUCUUGUUAUUUUAUUUUGAGACAUCUCACUUUUGAUGAUCUUCACAUUUUGGAGGCUCUCACUAUAUAGAGCCCUGGCUGUCUUGGAACUCAGUAUGUAGAUCAGAAUGUAUUGGAACUCAAAGAGAUCCACCUGCCUCUGCCUCCUGAGUGCUGGGACUAAAGGCGUGCACCAAAACGUGUGGUGUGGACUAGAAUUUCUUUAGUUUUUCAGGGUUUUUCGGUGUAGUCCUGGAACUUACUCCGUAAACCAGGCUGGUCUUUAACUCAGAGAUCUGUCUGCCUCUGCCUCCCGAGUGCUGUAAUUAAAGGCGUGUGCCAUCAACACCCAGCAUCAGGGAACAGGGUGAGUGUUAUUUGAUCGUGGUGGUCUAAUAUGGCCCUGCUAUUCCUAUGAAACUGCUGUCGUAGCAGACUAUAAUAGCUUUAGUAAUAAUCCAUAAUUGCUUCAAUAAUGCACCUUGAAACACAUUAUUUCUCAGCCUUCCAGUAUAAUUAUUUCCUUCCUCUCAGAGUUUGAAUGACUAAGGAGGAACGGCCAGGCGGUGGUGGUGCAUGUGUUUAAUCCCAGCACUCAGGGAGGCAGAGAUAGGCAGGAUUUCUAUGUUGGAGGUCAGCUUGGUCUACAGAGUGAGUUCCAGGACAUCCAGAGCUACAUAGAGAAGCCCAGUUUUAACCAAAAACAAAAGAAAAGAGCAAAGAAUAUUAUUUUAAAAGUUGCUUUUUAAAAAGUUCCGGUACGCUGGGCCUGGGCGGUGGUGGCGCACGCCUUUAAUCCCAGCACUCGGGAGGCAGAGGCAGGCGGAUCUCUGGGAGUUCGAGGCCAGCCUGGUCUACAAGAGCUAGUUCCGGGACAGGCACCAAAGCUACAGAAAAACCCUGUCUCGAAAAACCAAAGAAAAAAAAAGUUCUGGUAUGUGUGUACAUACAUGCAUGUGGUCUGUGCACCUGUGGAGGUCAGAGCAGAGCUUUCGGGACUUAGUCUUAUCUUUCUUGGUUUUUCAAGAUAAGCUUUCUCUGUAGCUCUAGAUUGUAGUAGGCUUUGACCACCAGCCCCCAAUCAUGACACAGAAAUUUAUUAUAAGUUAUGAAUGUUUGGCCUUAUGUUAUGCUUGUUUUUACUUUCUUUUUAAUUACUCUGUGUGUCUUUUUACAUCAUGUAUCUUGAUCCUCUUUAUUUCCCUAUCCCUUUGAAUCUGCCCCCUGCCCCGCACCCCUCCACAAAUAAAACAAAAUUUCAGAGGAAAAGGGGAAAAAAAUUAAAAAUCUCAUCAUGAAAGCUUCAGUGUAACAGAGUGCGUCACACAGUAAACCCCUUUCCCAAAUAUCAUCGCUUCACUUGCAAGUGUUCAUUGCAGAGAGUCAUUAGUCUGGUGCCCAGCCUCUGGUUUCUGCUAUGCUCUUGAUGCUGGGCUCCUACUGGAACUUCUCUUGGUUAUCCUGCUGUUGCUCUGUGUUGUGGAGAUCCUGCAGUUUGGGGUCUGCAGGUUAGGUUCCUUCACGUGCUCCAGCAGAUCAUAGAUGAGGUGGAUGUUGGGCUUAUGUUUGUUUCUUGUUAGCGCUUAUAACUUAUAGUAACCUGUUUCUCUUCAUCUAUGUUUUGCCUUGGGGCUUUUUUCUUAAUGUUGUGUAUCUUAUUUUGCUUUUGCCUCUGUGUCUGGCUGGUUGGCAGUACCUGGCUUCUGGCCCUUGGUGUGUCCCUCUUUUUCUCCCUUAUUCUCUCUUCUCCAAGCCUAGAUUCCUCUUCCUCCUUAUUCUAUCAUCUGCCUGCCAGCCCUGCCUAUCCCUCUACUGCCUAGCUAUUGGCCGGUCAGUCAGGUCCCUUAGGCAGGCAAAGUGAAACAGCAACACAUCUUUACAUAAUUAAACAAAUGCAGCAUAAACAAAUGUAACACAUCUUUGCCUAGUUAAUGUAAUAUUGCACAUCAAUAGAUGUCCUGGAACUCACACUGUAGCCCAGGCUGGCCUCGAACUCAAAGCAAUCCUGCCUCAUUUUACCUCCCCAGUUGUUGAAAUAAGAGCGGCGGGGCUGCGUCCCCAACACCCCGGCCGCUUGGCUAGCUUAUGCCCGAAAUAACAACACACAAACUAUAUUCAUUUAAGAACUGCUUGGCCCAUGAACUCUAACCCUUACAGGCUAAUUCUCGCACCUGCACUAGCCCAUUUCUAAUGAUGUGUGUAAGCACCCCAAGGUGCGCUUACCGGGAAGAUUCUAGCCUAAGUCCAUCGUGGGUUGCAGCUGCCUGGGAGAGCAGAGCAUGGCGGCUGUCCGGUCCCUCUGGAAGCAGCGCAGAGUCUGACCUCACUUCCUCUUCCGCCCAGAAUUCUAUUCUGUUUAUUCCGCCCACCUAUCUUUUAACCUAUCAGGGCCAGCAGUUUCUUUAUUGCUCAGCCAAUGAAAUCAACAGAUUGAUAUGACACUCCCACAUCACCCAGUGCUGGGAUUAAAGAUGUGGACGUCUACUGCCCAGCUUGCUAAGCCGUCUUAACAGCCUGAUUUUUCUCUUUGGUUCAGAGGACAACUUUAGGGUGUCGGUCCUUGCCUUGCUACCUUGUUGGAGACAGAGUCUCUUCACUGCUGCAUUUGCCCCCGGCUUCCAGGGAUUCCCUUACCUCUCCUGCUCGUCUGUCCAUCGAGGCAUGCUGUGACUUACAGGUGCUCACGACGGCGUCCCUGCUCUCACCGCUGCGCCCCUUUCUUGUGAUUUAGCUCUCAGACCUUUCAGUCAGGAGAAACGAAGAUUUCCAAAAGGAGACCAGAUCCUCGGAUGAGCUCCCUCACGGAGAGAUGAAGGGGCAGCAGAAAACAGCUGAAACCGAAGAGGGGACGGUGCAGAUUCAGGAAGGAGCAGUGGCUACUGGAGAGGACCCAACUAGUGUAGCCAUCGCCAGCAUCCAGUCAGCUGCCACGUUCCCCGAUCCCAACGUCAAGUACGUCUUCCGAACUGAGAAUGGGGGCCAGGUGAUGUACAGGGUGAUCCAGGUGUCUGAGGGGCAGCUGGAUGGCCAGACAGAAGGCACUGGUGCCAUUAGUGGCUACCCUGCCACUCAGUCUAUGACCCAGGCAGUGAUCCAGGGUGCUUUCACCAGCGAUGAUGCAGUUGACACAGAGGGAACAGCUGCUGAAACACACUAUACUUACUUUCCCAGCACUGCAGUGGGAGAUGGGUCAGGGGGUACCACGUCUGGGAGCACCACUGCUGUCGUUACCACCCAGGGCUCAGAGGCACUGCUGGGACAGGCAACCCCUCCCAGUACAGGUCAGUUCUUUGUGAUGAUGUCGCCACAAGAAGUACUGCAGGGAGGGAGCCAGCGUUCAAUUGCCCCCAGGACCCACCCUUAUUCCCCGAAGUCAGAGGCUCCCAGGACAACUCGGGAUGAGAAACGCAGGGCUCAGCAUAAUGAAGUGGAGCGCCGCCGCCGGGACAAGAUCAACAACUGGAUUGUGCAGCUGUCCAAAAUCAUCCCAGACUGCUCUAUGGAGAGCACCAAGUCUGGCCAGAGUAAAGGUGGAAUCCUAUCCAAAGCCUGUGAUUAUAUCCAAGAGCUGCGGCAGAGCAACCACCGGUUGUCGGAAGAAUUGCAGGGGUUAGAUCAGCUGCAGCUAGACAAUGAUGUGCUUCGGCAACAGGUGGAAGAUCUUAAAAACAAGAACCUGCUACUACGAGCUCAGUUACGGCACCAUGGAUUAGAGGUCGUCAUCAAGAAUGACAGCAACUAACUGUGGAGAUACAGGGACUUUGGGCCCUAGAAUUGCAGAGAGCCCGGGAGCAACAGGCUGAUCCCACGCCCCUUCCCUUCACUGCCGACUUCUGGCGUGUAGGGGGGAGUAUGGCAAGCGUGUCUCUGAACUGAGGCCUGUGGUGUGAAACACGAAGUGGACCUGUCCUGACAGCCUCGCCUGCUCCUGCUGUGUAGUCCCCGGGCCCUGUGCUCCUUUGCACACUGCACGUGCCGUAUCCAUGGACACUGGACACACGAAAUCUGGGCUUGCCUUGUGCUUGCUUAGAGUGCCCAGCAGAGGGUCCGUGGACACUCUGUGGGUUUAGCACUUCUACUGGUUCUUCCUUUCCCUGGAGCAGGAGCUAAGAUAUGCACCUGGUUACUCUGGGGAGCAGGCUUAUUCAGAGAUGGGGGAAGGAUGCUAGGUGGCUGCUAUCCCAUGAGUAGUCAAGGGGCCAGUGUGCAGCUGGGGCCUCUUCAGAAGUCUCUGAAGCCAGGGAGAAAGAUAGGCAGGGGCUCACCGAGAGCCUUCCCCUUCUGGGGGUGGUUCUUUUUAUUUCUUUUCUUUUCUUUUCUUUUCUUUUUUUUUUUUUUUAAGAUAAAGUUGUUUA